CCCAACUUCGGCACGUCGCAAACUCCACUUUUAGGUUCGCUGAUCCCUAUCUCGCCGUUCAAUACUGUCAAUGAAUGAGACCUGAAUAUGGGCAAACAUUUCGACUGGCCCUGGAAGAAGGGAAAACGGCCUGUGUCCCCUCCUCCAACAGGACAAAAUGGUCAUGGUGGACCUUCCGCUCCGACCUCCUCAAAGCAAGCCGAAAAAUCAGAUACGACUUCUGCGAAAUCCCCAUCGCCUCUUACCCAAGGCGAGAUCUUUGGGGCACAGGGAGAUAAGCUGUCCAAUGAAUGCAACUAUAACGAUGCUAUAGCCAUGUAUACAGCAGCUCUAGGAAGCAUGCCGACAAACACUCACCUGUUGAUCAGUCGUUGCAUUGCGUACCAGCUGUCCCAGCCGCCACGGAUAGAUCGUGCUAUGCUGGAUGCCAACACCGCUAUCCGGGUCGACUCUAGCUGCUGGCAAGGCUGGUAUCAGCGCGGAGAGCUGUUGCAAGACGCUGGAUACUCGUCGUCGGCAAUUGAGUCUCUACGACGUGCAGAACAACUAGCCGGCGGCACAGACAAGUUAACUGUACGGAGAGCCAUCGCUCAGGCGUCCGCACAAGACAAAGCUGCACAGGCAGCCCCAACUACCGGGUUUGCCGUUCCUCUGUCGCCGCACCCAACUGGUUCUCCAGCUGCUUCCCCCACUCAAUCCACUGAUUUUCCAGUCGGGAAUGCCAGUACGUCUUCUCAGGCGGAAAAACCGCAUGCCCCAUCCCAGCCGCCUACAACUCCAUCGGAACACCCCUUGCAGCAGACAGUACCCCAAGUAUCAGCGUCAACCCUUCCAGUGCAGCCACCGAUUCAUCCAUCCCCUCAACCUAUGGCUUCGCAAUCUCAAUCUCCAACGCCGCAGAGCCAGCCUUCCACGGGCAGCGCCAUGCCUUUCAGGUCUGCGACGGUGCAUGGACCGCCUAGCUCGACCCCAGGUCAAGUGAGCAGUUCGACCGGUAGUCAGAAUGCUCCACCAGCAGCAUCGGGCAGUAGCGCAGCUCCUGGUACGACAAGUAUUAGCCGAGCUUACAACACGACUUCUGUUAGCGAAACUCCCGCGUCCAGCAUCCCGAUCACUUCAGACGACUUCAUAGAUAUGUCGGAUAUGACACCCUCUGAUCCACCCCCAGCUUAUGCCCCAAGUCCAGGCUAUCAGGCUUGGACAAGCGCGCCACUCUCCCCACAGACGCUAUCUGCCCGUCUGGCUCAAUUGCAGACUGCAAUGACAACUCGAAACAGGGGCGGCCUUUCUCUCAGACCUUUUACGUCAGCAGUCGACAUUGAUGCCGUCUGCCUGCUCUAUAUCGGGUUGACUGAAUCGGAGUUGACAGCACGCGAGUUGCCCAUCCCAAUAUACAUUCAUCCAAGCUUCCGACUUAGCGCCGUCGAUAUGCUUAAAUAUCCUGCAAAUACCUUCCUGGAUAUGGAUUGCACGAGUGUUAGUAACUACGAUGGCAAAUUGCCCGGCACUGUUACGGUAUCUGGCUGGUCGGAGGAAUAUAGGGCGCAUCAAUUGAUAGCCAAACCGGUCGUGCAGCUAUCUGUAGAAGGUCGAAGAACCAUACCAGAAUUGCCAAUUGAUCAGGUCGUGGAGCGCAUGCGCAAGUUGCAAGUGUUUCGCACCCUUGAGGAUAAUGAAGGGUUGGUGAAGCUGCUAGGCAUGUCUCAACUGGAAGCUUUACAAGCAGGCCUCGUCGGCGGAACCAGACAGAAGCAAAUCGAAGUCCUUUGUAUGGCAGUCAGCAGAAGCGUGACCGAUUGCCCGACUCGGUUUGUCGAUUUCAGUAAGGAUAGAAUGUUCAGUGUGCAUACGCUUGGGACAGCAGCACAAGGAAGCCGUGGCCUCGGGAACUUCCUUUUUCAGAUCGUGUUGGGAUUCGAAAUACUGAUUCGGCUUCGAAAGGAGUCGCUGUCGACCAAGUACGCGAUGGUUGUUACCGACAACAUCUCCGCCAUGACGGUGCUCGCCGAGCUGUGGAUGGACAAUGUAACCGUCAGUGGCCCCAACCAAAACACCUCGGCCACCACGACCACCACUACAACCACGGCAGCCACGACGACUACGACGGCCCCGCCUCGAUACACGCUCUGUACGCACAGCUAUAAUACAAGAGUUCAGGGUCUGAUCCAGUUUGCCGAGACCAUAUCCUGGCCAUACAUGGACGAGGUGAGGCAAUAUAUUGAGACUGCCUACCUCCACCUCUCAUCGGGAACGGGGACCGUGAGCUUCGACAUUUGCGAUUGGUUGUUUGGAUUAAUCCUGCCGGGGAAGAUCUUUCAACACCGCAUCAUGUGUUGCCUCGUCUACGCCUCUCCCACGAUCCGCAGCAUCGGCCCGGCUCCAUUUUACGAGAACGGCAUCAUCGUGGGGAAUAAGAGCUACUGGCCCAAACGGACGGUUCUAGGACGCAUCCUCGGAGGACUUAAAAACUCUAGAUCUAUGGGUGGCUGGAUCGGACCCGUUCCGAAGCCGAUCGGGAACCUUUCCGGUUGGGUCAGGCUCAGGGCGAGGCCUGUUGACGUUCCGAUCCCUGUGAGCGCUCCGCCUGGCCAGAGUGCACUGCACCAUCUGGGAGUCGAUCAGCCUGCAACGAACGAGGAGCUGGAGAGAAGCAUCCAAGAGAUAAUGGACGAGAACGAGUGGAUCAAGCCCGACCCUCCGACAAAACCAUCGAAUGACACGCGAAAAUCGGUAUUUAAGGGCAUCCGACUCGAAUUGCUCCCAAUAGUCUCAAACACGCCAUACCUGCUGACACCUGCACACCCGAAGGAAGAAUAUCGAGCAAUGCUCGACUUCGAAGUGAACGGCGUCGCAACGACAUUUACGCUCUAUUCGAUCCCCGUCUUCGUCGCCGCUCCGCCGUGCAUCGGCGUCCACGUCCUCCAUCGACGGCGGGUACAGAACCAGCUACAGAACAUCCUCAAGGUGUCCGAGCUCAAGGACGAGUCGCCCUUGAGUAGUGAGCUGGUCAUCAUCGACGCGCUCGGAGACGGUGAGGAGGUCGUGGCCCGCGCUUGGUGUGCUGAGAAGGGGCGACAUGCGGUGGUGAGGCGAGGCAAUGACUGCUGCUUCUCGUGCGCGGUCACCGUGGCAUCGCAGAGAACGGGGUUGAAUAUUAACGUUAUUAUCUGGAGCCAGUAAUUCCUUGGAGUUCGACUGCAUCUUGUAGAUAUAAGCGAAGGGAAGUUCGGAGUUAGUGUGAUAGGAGGUAUGCAAAGGAAUUAUAGUAGUUAUUCUGGUAGUUAUCGACA